GAAAAAACUGUUCUGAGGAGCUUUUCUAAAAUUGCAUGAGUGCAGAGGAAUGCCUCAUCUGUUACCUUCACUGCGCAGACUGCCACUGGAGACCAAUAAAUGAGUAAGAUCCAUACUAUAGCACUAUAGCUUCUGCAUCUUUUCUUAAACUAACAACAAACCUUCUGCAAAUGGCGCAGAGCAGCCUGAAAUGUGGUCAGCUAUCCUGAGGAGGUAUGAAUACAAGCAAGAGCGAGACAGUGAAAGAGCACCCAUUAAAACCCUCUAGAAGAUCUAUGCCAUGCCUUGCCCAGAGCCAAACACAUCCUCAGAGCCUGAGCAAGCAUUCAUCAUUUCUGCAGCCAAACCGUGUGCAGCCACAGCUCCAGCCCCAGCCUUUGAGUGCAGGGACGUCAGGAGCUGCAGUGGAUGUCGUGUCAGAACGAGCUAAAGUGGUGGAGACUUUGGAAAGCAACUUGCUUAAACUGUCUAAUACAGAAUAUGGUGAUCCGUUUUCAGAUGUAGGCAAGGAAAAAGAUACAUACACAGAUGAUUCAGAACAUGGGAAUUAUGAUGCUCGUACAGAUCAGUCAUUGCUUAUUCAAAAUAAGCUCACCAGGCAGAAAACAGAACCUCGAACUAAAUCUUCUUUAAAGAGUGAUGCCAUGGCAUCAUCAGGACUCUUCUUCAAAGAUGGCAAAAAGCGCAUUGAUUACAUCUUGGUCUACAAGAAAUCAAGCCCACAGGUAGAGAAAAGAAGCACAUUUGAGAAGAAUUUGAGAGCAGAAGGGCUUAUGUUAGAACGGGAGCCAGCUGUUACCAACAGUGAUAUCAUGUUUGUUAAAAUUCACUGUCCAUGGGAGACAUUGUGCAAGUAUGCAGAAAGAAUGAACAUCAGGAUGCCUUUCAGGAAAAAAUGUUAUUACACUGACUGGAGGAGCAAAACCAUGGGCAGUUUGCAGAGGAACAUUAGAGAGCUGAAAAGCUGGUUGCCCAGAAAUCCCAUGAAGCUGGAUAAGGAGGCCCUGCCUGAUCUGGAGGAGACAGAUUGCUACACAGCCCCCUUCAGCCGCGCGCGCAUCCACCAUUUUACGAUAAACAACAAAGACAGCUUCUUCAGCAAUUCCACAAGAAGUAGAAUUGUGCAUCAUGUGCUACAGAGAACUAAGUAUGAAGAUGGAAAAUCCAAAAUGGGUAUUAAUAGGUUACUAAAUAAUGGCACAUAUGAAGCAGCAUUUCCACCACAUGAGGGAAGCCACAAAAGCAGGCAUCCCAUCAAAACACACGGAGCACAGAAUCACAGACACCUCUUGUAUGAGCGCUGGGCACGGUGGGGAAUGUGGUACAAAUACCAACCUCUUGAUUUAAUCAGGCGAUACUUUGGUGAAAAAAUUGGACUGUAUUUUGCCUGGCUGGGAUGGUAUACUGGAAUGCUUAUUCCUGCUGCUCUGGUUGGGCUCUUUGUUUUCCUCUAUGGAUUAUUUACAAUGGAUUCCAGCCAAGUAAGCAAAGAGAUCUGCGAGGCAAAUGAAACCAUUAUGUGCCCUAUGUGUGAACGCAAUUGCACACUACAAAAACUCAAUGAAAGCUGCAUAUAUGCCAAGGUUACACAUUUGUUUGAUAACGGAGGGACUGUCUUCUUUGCAAUUUUCAUGGCAAUUUGGGCAACAGUCUUUCUGGAGUUUUGGAAAAGACGGAGAGCUGUAUUGACUUAUGAUUGGGACCUCAUAGACUGGGAAGAUGAAGAGGAAGAGCUGCGUCCCCAGUUUGAAGCUAAAUAUUCCCAAGUGGAAAGAGUAAAUCCCAUCACAGGAAAACCCGAACCUUUUCAGCCUUUCCCUGAUAAGCUCAGUCGACUGAUGGUGUCUGUCUCAGGAAUAUUCUUCAUGAUUUCACUGGUCCUUACUGCAGUGUUUGCAGUUGUGGUGUAUCGACUGGUAGCCAUGGAGCAGUUUGCUUCUUUCAAGUGGUAUUUCAUCAAGAAGUAUUGGCAGUUUGCAACAUCUGGCACUGGAGUCUGUAUCAAUUUUAUGAUCAUCAUGUCACUCAAUGUUGUGUAUGAAAAAGUUGCCUAUCUCCUGACAGAUUUAGAGCACCCUAGAACAGAAUCUGAGUGGGAAAACAGCUUUGCCUUGAAAAUGUUCCUCUUCCAGUUUGUCAACUUGAACAGCUCCAUCUUCUACAUCGCCUUUUUUCUUGGCAGAUUUGCAGGCCGCCCAGGAAAGUACAACAAGCUUUUUAACAGAUGGAGGCUGGAAGAGUGUCAUCCUAGUGGCUGCUUGAUAGAUCUGUGCUUACAAAUGGGAGUUAUUAUGGUUUUAAAACAAAUGUGGAACAACUUCAUGGAACUAGGCUACCCUUUAUUACAGAAUUGGUGGUCACGACGCAAAAUGAAGAGAAGAGGGCAAUCAAUGGAGAAUAAAAUUUCUCUACCUCAAUGGGAAAAAGACUGGAAUCUGCAACCUAUGAAUCUCCAUGGUUUAAUGGACGAAUAUUUAGAGAUGGUUUUACAGUUUGGCUUUACCACCAUCUUUGUGGCUGCCUUCCCCCUGGCACCUCUCCUGGCACUGCUCAACAACAUCAUAGAAAUCAGAUUAGAUGCAUACAAGUUUGUCACUCAGUGGCGAAGACCCAUGCCUGCAAGAGCAACAGAUAUAGGUAUUUGGUAUGGAAUUCUGGAAGGAAUUGGAGUUCUGGCUGUCAUCACCAAUGCCUUUGUUAUUGCCAUUACUUCUGAUUACAUUCCACGUUUUGUCUAUGCAUAUAAAUAUGGUCCCUGUACAGAUCAAGGGUACAGACAAGAAAAAUGCUUAAAAGGAUAUGUCAACAGCAGCUUGUCAGUAUUUGAUUUGAGUGAACUUGGGAUGGGAUACUCAGGAUAUUGUCGGUACAGAGACUACAGAGCCCCACCAUGGAGUUCGACUCCGUAUGAAUUCACUUUGCAGUUUUGGCAUGUCCUGGCAGCACGGCUGGCCUUCAUCAUAGUAUUUGAGCAUCUUGUUUUUGGAAUAAAGUCUUUCAUUGCCUACCUAAUUCCAGACAUACCCAAAGACUUGUGUGACAGAAUGAGAAGAGAGAAAUACUUAGUCCAGGAAAUGAUGUAUGAGGCUGAACUGGAACAUUUGCAAAGAGAAAGGAAAAAGAAUGGGAAACAGUAUCACCAUGAAUGGCCUUAGUCACUACCAUGCUACAACAAAAACACUUUGGAAUUGGAGAGAGAAGUUGCAAAAUGAAGUCAGUCUGGCAUCCGUGUGAGAUUUGGUGGUGGUGUAUUUAUGUUCUUGCUAGGCAGUGCAAUUGCAUACUUUGGUGGGCACCGAGAAAUGGAUGUUUCCAGUGAUGUCAAUGAAAAGCCUUGCCUGUAACUGGUCUGUGAUGAGCUCCAAUGAUAAUUGGCAUUCAGAAAUGUGCAGAGUAAAAAUCUGAACACUGUUUAAAAAAAAAGCAAUGGGUUUUCAUGCUGUUUAUGAAGAUACUAUCAGCAUGAUGAAAACAGAAAAUUACCUGUGAACCUAUAGAGUAAGGGCAUGACUAAAACCAACUUACGUGAUAUCCACUACUUCUACAGCUUCUGAUUGCUCAGCUCCAUCUGUAAUGCCUCUGAAGAAAAGAGCAAUUGUUGCCUUUGUGGCCAUGACUUGAUCUUUAAGGCUUACUGUUUUGUCAGGUUUGUCCUAGUCUCUUGUUGAGAUUGUGGAUGUGGUCCUACCCUAAAAAAGGGGUCUGUGGCUGCUAAAUAUAUACUAUGCAGUUUAAGAUUUGCA